AAAAAGAUCAAAAACAAAAACAACCGGCAAAAAAUUGAGAAGAAAAAUUUUAAUUUUCAGGUUCGAUUUUCGAUUUAAUUAAUUAAUUAAAAUAAUUAAUUUCUUGCUUACUGCUCAGCAUAGUUGAAUAAUGCCACCGAAAUCUAAAUUAGUGUUUGACGCCACUCAAUGGUCUCUGCAGCAUAACGAGACGCCGUUUUCAUAUUUCAAAUUAAAUAAUGUAUUUUCCGAGCAAACAGCGGUCAACGAAUUGAGAAAUGCAGUAUCUCGUCUUACAUUCACCCAAAAGAUGACCGACAUGUUCAGCUUUUCAGCUACCAAGAAUUUUUGGAUUUCUAAAAAAUCUUUGAAAAACGCUGUCUUCGGAGACUUCUUGAAAUUCUUAGAAUUCUUUCGAGAUUUUCUCUCCGAUAAAUUCGAAGUGAAAUUGGAUGACAAAAUCUCGGUUUCUAGUUCAUUAUACGAAAAUAAAGAUUACUUGCUGUGUCACGAUGAUAAAUCGGAUGAUAGACUAAUAGCGUUUAUUUUCUACCUGAAUUCAUCUUGGAAACCCGAAUGGGGUGGAUCUUUGGAUAUUUUCGAUCACGAUGAAAAUGGCCAGCCUGUAGAUAUCGUUCAUCAAAUUUACCCCGAAUUCAAUUCAUUGAUAUUUUUUAAAGUUGGAAAUUACACUUACCAUCAAGUCUCCGAAGUUACCACUAACGUCACACCUCGUAUCACUAUCAAUGGCUGGUUCCAUUCCAAAGAAGCUUAUAAUCUAAAACCCUUACCAUUUUCUGACCCUCCUGUACCUUACAUCAAAACACGUGAUAAUGUAGCUACGCUCUAUUUGAAUCAUUUCGCUUCUAACGAAUUCACCCAACUUAAAUAUAUGGAAAUAAUCGUCGAAAAUUUACGAGAAUGCGGCGUAAUGAUGUUGCAAAAUUUCUUAAAACCUCAAAUUUAUACCAAAAUAGCUAAAGAGUUGAAAUCAUCGGCUAUUUCAUGGAGUACUAAAGGUCCAGCUAAUCGAAGAAAAUAUAAUUAUGCUGAGCAGCAUUCGUUACCUCCCAUGUGCAAAGCUCUAUUAUCGUUUUUCCAAUCGCAGUAUAUGUGUUCGUAUUUGGAAGAAUUAUCAUCGAAGAAACUCUUUAAUAAGAAAAAGGGAGAGCAAGAAUAUGGUGGGUUAUGCUUCGCUGAAAUGCAGUAUUGGCAAGAUGGUUGUUAUUCUUUACUCGCAGAUGACGAUAAUAAUUAUAAUAUUGCUUCGGUCGAUGUAUUUUUAUUCUUCAACGUUGAUAAAGAUGAAGAAGAAAGCUUUAACCAAGAUUCAGUCAUUCAACCUGGAAAUAUUUACUAUUACGAGAAAUUCGAUACGUCUAAUAAACACGAAGUUGAACCGAAAAGUAAUUCGAUUUGUUUAGUGGUGAAGAAUAAAAAUGAAACUAGAUACGUUUCGUAUAUAAAUAAAAAUUCAUCGCUCAAGUACAACGUUCUAUUUUUAAGUUUUAAAAUUUAAUUUACCUAACGAUCUGUGAUCAGUUUUUCUAAUGAUUUUGUUGACUCUUCUUGUUUCUGUUUUAUUUCAUAUUUUAUAUAAUUAAUCGAUUGUUUUUUCGAUUCAAUAAAGUAUUAAUUGAUUUA